GCUCGCGAUAACAGCUGUGUGUUCGUGCGUCUGUGUGUGUGCGCUGAGGUGAACGGACACUUGAGUGUCCCCCGGCAAACAGCGGCCGCAGCGCGCGCCAGUGUCCGCUCGUCUCUCCGGUUGCUGGGCGCCAAGACAAACUCGCGCUGUGUUUGAGCAGAACACUAUUACACACGCGCGCGUAAAUAUUUGCUCAGAAAACAGACUCCCCACGAGCGAUGGGUAUAAAUGAGCAAACCGAUAAUUAUCCAUAACGCGAAACGGACGGCAAGACUUCACGAGCGACAUCCAUCCAGCAUUACACGGAUGGCAGCAAGUGUUAUCAGGACACUGAAUAAUUUGGGUUUCGCAAAACCCUUCCCUCCCUGCUUCUUUCCUACUGAGGAUGAGGAGGAGACUGAAGAGGAAUACGAAGAGGAGCUGAGAGAGGACAGUCUGGAGGAGGAAGAGGAUGGAGUCGCCAGUGAGUCUCAAGAGGAAGAGCCGUGGAGUUUUGAUCCCUCCCCCAAUAACGCUGAGAUGACCAACCGGCUCCUGCGGUUCGCUGAGCUCAUCAGCAACGAUGUCCAGCGAUACUUUGGCCGAAGCCAAGACCCUGAUGCCUGUGAUAUUUAUGCAGAGAGACCGUGUCCAAAAGUCGGGGGCCGCCAGCGAUACUAUGCUGACUUCAUCAAAGUAGCAUCAUCAGGGCAGGCCGAGGAGCCUGAGUCCCUCGGGCCCCUCGCAGAGCUCUUUCAAGAUGCUCAAAGGAAAGGCCAGGGUUUGCCCAUGAGCCAACGGUGUCUGCCGGUCAGCUUCUGGACGGAGCCUUUCCCACACCAACUCGAUGUGUUAAGUGAUACCAACACGCAAGAGAACUCGCUCAGUGUGAUGGACACUUCAGAGAGCUCCGUCAGCAUCAGCAUGUUCAGUAACACGAGUGUUUGCACCAUGACCAGCUCCAGUGUCUCAGGGACUCUCAGCAGCUCCAGCACGCUAGACUUCAGUGAUUUACUCGCUCACUGGGCCGUGGACAGAGAGAAUCCCACUGAGUUUAACUGUGACUACACGCUAUCAUAAACAAUCAUU